AUGAAAUAGUGGGGAAAAAAACGUGGUGAUUUUCUGCUCCGAAUAAUAUUUACUUUUCUACUUUUUGAUUCACCAAUUCAACCUGCUUGCAUAAUCAAAUCUUCUUCAACGAUCGGCAUAACAACGACGAUUGCUUUGUUUAUAUUCGAAUGGCGGCAUGUAAACGGGUCGGAUAUUUCGGACCUCAAGUCGGAGCUCUAGCCGGGCGCAACCGAUUGCACCGCCGACUCAUUUCGAACCGUGCUUUCGACGGCAAGCGCUUUUUCCUCGUCGACACUCUAGCUUUAGUGAGAAAAUUGGAAGCGAAAGGGGUGCCUACGAAGCAAGCAGAGGCUAUAACUGCUGCUAUUACUGAAGUUUUGAACGAUAGUUUGGAAAAUGUAGCUCAGACUUUUGUUUCUAAAGCUGAUUUGCAGAGACUUGAGAUGAUUCAAGAAUCCAAGUUGUCCAAAUUUAAGUCCGAAGUUCAAAGCUCUCAGGAAAACCACUUUUCUCUACUGCAACAUGAAAUUGAAAAACUCAAAAGUGAUAUAGAAAAGAUGCGCAGUGAAUUGAGGUAUGAAAUUGACAAAGUCUCUGCUGGCCAUAGGUUGGAUCUCAAUCUUGAAAGGGGGAGAAUCCGAGAUGAACUAGCAAAUCAGAAUCAAGAAACUGCUAAUCUCACUAAUACACUUGAUCGAGAAAUUCAUACACUAAGAGCUCAGUUGGAAGCUGCAAAAUAUGAUGUUAUAAAAUAUUGCAUAGGUACCCUUGUCUCUAUAUCUGCUGUUGGUUUGGCUGUAGUCCGCCUUUUGAAGUAAGUGACUGGACUACAAUGCUAAUGAUGAUAAAGAUAUAGUUGUUCAACAUCUUUGAUGCUCAAUGGAUAAAGCAGAGUUGUAUGAAACCUGAAUCUCAAUUGCAUUAGCAGACAUCAUAACUAUAGCAUACUAGUUAAAUGUGCAAUCCAUUUGGAACAGUGGAUUAUUAAUGUUUGUUUAGAUAUAAAUCAUUUGCCCAACUAUAGCAGACCUUUGCUAAACGUGCAACUCAAUCUUUUUUAAUCUUUUGAGUUGUAAUGUUGAACGGGUGUGUGCCUUGUAUCUAUGUUUGUUGCAUAGCGCUUUAGAUGCUUCAAGCUAAUUGUAAGAUUUCGGAAACUUUGGUUCGGAGUUCAGUGUAAUCAAAAUUUUAUUAAAUAAAUUUAAAAUAUCAUUUUAAAUUA